AUGGCUAAAAGAGGGAGAUAUCAGGCUGCAUCCAUCCAAAAACAAGUAAUUCAUGGCUCUCAAGAGCCUGAAUUCCAAGGAGGGGCGACGUGGGCUGGUCUGUCUGAUGAGAUGCAAUUAGAAGACCCCUAUUUUUACUCAUAUUCUCAUUUUGGCAUCCACGAAGAAAUGAUUAAAGAUAAGGUUCGGACUGAAUCUUACAUGAAUGCGAUCAUCCAAAACCCUCAGCUUUUCAGAGGAAAGAUCGUCCUAGAUAUAGGCUGUGGAACUGGCAUUUUAUCAAUUUUCGCCUCACGAGCUGGCGCUUCACAUGUCUUUGGCAUUGAUGCAGCCGAUGUCGCAAUCCAAGCCCAAGAAAUCGUCAAUUUAAACGGCUACUCAGACAAAAUUACCAUUAUACGUGGCAAAGUUGAAGAAGUUACUUUGCCAGUCGAUAAAGUUGAUAUUAUCAUCUCAGAAUGAAUGGGAUACUUUUUGCUGUAUGAAAGUAUGCUUGAAACUGUUAUUUAUGCAAGAGAUAAAUGGCUGAAUUCUGAUGGACUCAUGUUCCCUGACACGGCCAAGAUGUUCUUAUCUGCUAUUGAAGAUGCGGAUUAUAAAGAAAAAAAAGUUGACUUUUGGGACGAUGUAUACGGAAUUGACAUGAGUGCCAUCAAGCCAAGCGUGUUGGCUGAGCCAAUUGUAGACUAUGUGGAGUCUCAGUAUAUCAUGACCAAUGAAUAUUGCUUGUUUUCGAUGGAUUUAAAGACAGUCCAAAACCAGCAGACGGAGCUUGCAGCAGCUUAUCAGCUUACAGCAACAAAAAAUGACUACUGCCAUGCUCUUGUGGCCUGGUUUGAGGUAGAGUUUAACCAUGGUUCUAAACAAAUAAAGCUUUCGACAAGCCCUCAGAGAAAAUCCACCCAUUGGAAACAAACUGUAUUUUAUCUCAAUGACGUUCUUCCAAUGAUGUCCGGCGAAGAGCUGAAGGGGACACUUGCAAUUAGGAAGAACCCUCAACACAAGAGAGAUUUGGAUAUAAAAAUAUCAUAUCACUUUGAUGGAGCCAAACAUUCUUAUCACGAUUAUAGAUAUUACAAACUUAAAUAA